GCCUGAGUGGAGUGGAAGGCCUCCCGUGCUGUCUCGCUUUGCUCGAGACGAAGUUUUCCGUAUCAGGCCAGACUAGGUUACAUCUUCCUCAGGCUGCUUCUGCCAUGGGGGAUGUGAAGAAUUUCUUAUAUGCUUGGUGUGGCAAGCGAAAAAUCACCAUUGCUUAUGAGAUCCGUGCUGUGGGCAACAAGAACAGGCAGAAGUUUGUCUGUGAGGUUCGUGUGACAGGCUUCAACUAUAUUGGUAUGGGCAAUUCCACCAACAAGAAAGAUGCUCAGACUAAUGCUGCAAGAGACUUCCUUAAUUAUCUUGUUCGAGUGAAUGAAAUCAAAAGUGAAGAAAUUCCAGCUUUUGGAGCAGGAGCAGUGGGUACAUCGACUGAAGGUGCCUCUGGAGCAGAAGUUGGAGAUGGACCUGACAUUCCUUUGGGGGGGCCAGCUCCCCCUCAUUUGGCUCUCAAAUCAGAACCAGAUGCUGCUGCUAUUUCUACUGAAACAACAGUUGGAAAUUCUGGCUAUGGUGGAGCUCAGUGGGACCGUGGAGCUAACUUGAAUGAUUAUUAUUCCCGGAAGGAAGAACAGGAGGUCCAGGCUACCUUGGAGUCAGAAGAAAUUGAUUUAAAUGCUGGCCUUCAUGGAAAUUGGACUUUGGAGAAUGCUAAAGCCCGUCUGAAUCAGUUUUUCCAAAAGGAGAAAAUCCAGGGCGAAUAUAAAUACACUCAAGUGGGACCUGAUCACAACAGGAGCUUCAUUGCAGAAAUGACUAUUUAUGUCAAACACCUGGGCAGAAGAAUCUUUGCUCGUGAGCAUGGCUCAAAUAAAAAGCUGGCAGCACAAUCCUGUGCUCUUUCUCUGGUCAGACAGCUCUAUCAUUUGAGCAUCAUUGAGGCUUAUUCUGGACAAACCAAGAAGAAGGAAGGCGAAUCGGUAGAGCCAUAUGAUAUCAAUCUCACUUCUAAUUUGGAAAGCCAGUUGAAGAGAAUUGUAGAUGAAAUGAAUCUUGAAGUCAUUUUACCACCUGAGGAUCCCAGUUCACCCGUUCUGCUCAGCAUUGGAAAGUUAGCUCACUUUGAACCAUCCCAGAAGCAGAAUCAAACGGGAGUUGUGCCAUGGUCCCCACCUCAAUCAAACUGGAAUCCAUGGACUAGCUGCAAUAUUGAUGAGGGUCCUCUGGCAUAUGCUACACCAGAACAGAUAAGCAUAGACAUAAAGAGCAACCUCUUGUAUCAGCUGGAAAAUGACCAGGAACUACAGAAAAUUCUUCAAGAGAGGGAAACCCUGCCUGUGAAGAACUUUGAGCGAGAUAUCCUAAAUGCUAUACGUCAGAACUCUGUUGUGAUCAUCCGUGGGGCUACAGGUUGUGGCAAAACCACACAGGUUCCACAGUACAUCUUGGAUGAAUGCAUCCAUGGUGGAAGAGCUGCAGAAUGUAAUAUUGUUGUCACUCAGCCUAGGAGGAUCAGUGCUGUCUCUGUAGCAGAAAGAGUUGCUUAUGAAAGAGCAGAAGAACCUGGAAAUAGUUGUGGCUACAGUGUUCGCUUUGAAUCUAUGCUUCCCCGGCCACAUGCCAGUGUGAUGUUCUGCACUGUAGGUGUCCUCCUGAGAAAGCUGGAAGCUGGAAUUCGUGGAAUCAGUCAUGUCAUAGUGGAUGAAAUUCAUGAGAGAGACAUUAAUGUGAAAUAUUUUCUGGAAGACUGUAUUCAAAUGACUAAAUUUAUUCCUCCACCGAAGGAUAAGAAAAAGAAAGAUAAGGAUGAAGAAGGUACUGAAGAUGAUGAUGCAAAUUGCAACCUUAUCUGUAGCGAUGAAUAUGGCCCAGAAACAAAAAGCCGCAUGGCCCAGAUGAAUGAGAAGGAAACUCCUUUUGAACUCAUAGAGGCUUUGUUGAAAUAUAUUGAGACCUUGAAUGCCACUGGAGCAGUCCUUGUCUUCUUGCCUGGCUGGAAUCUGAUAUACACUAUGCAGAAAUACCUGGAAAUGAAUCCACACUUUGGAAGCCAGAGAUACCGAGUUCUUCCUCUGCAUUCCCAGAUACCCCGAGAAGAGCAGCGCAAAGUAUUUGAUCCGGUGGCCCCCGGAAUCACCAAGGUGAUCUUAUCAACCAAUAUUGCAGAGACCAGCAUAACCAUCAAUGAUGUGGUCUAUGUUAUUGAUUCUUGCAAACAGAAAGUUAAACUAUUCACUGCUCAUAACAACAUGACCAAUUAUGCCACUGUGUGGGCCUCAAAAACGAAUCUGGAGCAACGGAAAGGACGGGCUGGUCGUGUCCGUCCUGGAUUCUGCUUCCAUCUUUGCAGCAGAGCACGUUUUGAUAGACUUGAGACUCAUAUGACCCCCGAAAUGUUUCGAACACCACUGCAUGAAAUCGCUCUGAGCAUCAAGCUGUUACGACUAGGCGGGAUUGGACAAUUUCUGGCCAAAGCUAUAGAGCCGCCCCCUUUGGAUGCAGUGAUUGAAGCUGAGCAUACACUCCGAGAGCUUGAUGCCCUGGAUUCCAAUGAUGAACUGACCCCUCUUGGGAGAAUUUUAGCAAGGCUCCCCAUUGAACCUCGACUUGGCAAAAUGAUGAUAAUGGGGUGCAUAUUUUAUGUUGGUGAUGCCGUGUGUACUAUCUCUGCUGCCACCUGCUUCCCUGAGCCAUUCAUCAGUGAGGGUAAAAGGCUGGGUUACGUGCAUAGGAAUUUUGCUGGAAAUCGGUUCUCCGAUCACGUGGCCCUGCUCUCAGUCUUCCAAGCCUGGGAUAAUGCAAGAAUGGGUGGAGAAAAUGCUGAAAUUCGUUUCUGUGAGUUUAAGAGACUCAAUAUGGCAACACUCAGAAUGACCUGGGAAGCCAAAGUACAGCUGAAAGAAAUUCUGGUUAACUCUGGAUUCCCAGAAGAGAGUUUAAUGACUCAGGUGUUCAACAACACUGGACCAGAUAACAACCUGGAUGUUGUGAUCUCUCUGCUGGCUUUUGGCCUGUAUCCCAAUGUCUGCUUUCACAAAGAAAAGAGGAAGAUUCUCACUACCGAAGGACGUAAUGCUCUCAUUCACAAAUCCUCUGUUAACUGCCCAUUCAGCAGCCAGGAUAUGAAGUAUCCUUCUCCUUUCUUUGUUUUUGGAGAAAAGAUUCGGACACGAGCUAUCUCGGCCAAAGCAAUGACCUUGGUGAGCCCUUUACAGCUGCUUCUCUUUGGCUCAAAGAAAGUGGCAUCUGAUGGAGAGAUUAUUACAUUAGAUGACUGGAUCAAACUGAGGAUGCCACACAGUGCAGCUGCCUGUAUUAUUUCUUUGCGUGCAGCAAUGGAAGCUCUCGUGGUAGAAGUAACAAAAAAUCCAGAAAUCAUCAGUGACAUAGACCAUAUGAACAAACAGAUGCUGAAUGUAAUUUCUGAAAUCUCUAAACCCCUGGCUGCGGGAAUUAAUCUUGCAGUAGGUGGCAACAUGAGGUUUGGCGAUGGACCUCGUCCACCUAAAAUGGCUCGAUAUGACAGUGGAGGUGGCUACCGAGGAAGAAGUGGAACUGGCUAUCGGGGGGGCUACCAAGGGGGCUAUGGAGGUGGAUAUCGUGGUGGAUAUAAUUCUUACCGUGGUGCUUCUGGGGGAAGAGGAUAUUCAGGGGGGGCUGGAGGUGGAUUUCGAGGUAGCGGAGGUUUUCAAGGUUCAGGUGGAGGAUACCAAACUGGAGGAAAUAGAGGUGGUGGAUUUAGAGGGGGGUGGAGUGGUUACUGAAAAAAUGCUAGUGAAGAUGUGGUAGCUCUUUGGAUCUAAAGCUGAAAAGGAGCUUAAAGAAGUUCAGUCCUUCCUUUGGUUCCAUGGAAAGCAUUUGAUCUCUGGAAAAUAAGUUUAGGGUCAAGAUGGUGCCAGUAGCCUUGCCACUCCGAAGCAUCAUUUUGGCUAUAUUCAAAGCAUAGGCAUCCUUAAAUGUUAGUAAAUCCAGAAUAAAAGCAUGCAUGCACUUGUUUUAUUCCAUACAUUUCUUUAUUUGUAAUACAGAUCUCUUCCUGAUUUAGGAGUUCAUCAUACUUUGGAAUAUUAAUUUCAAAUGAUAUUCAUAUGCAGUAUUCACAUUGCUUUAAUUUUCUAUGUUUAUUUUGAUCCUAAUGAAGUUGUUAAUUUUUAAGGGAUUAGUCCUAGAUACAGGCUUGAAUUUUUGAUUGUUAGUUGUAUGAUCCAAAACUGUGAGUUGGUUUAUGCCUUUGGUCCUAGGAUUGCAAGUUAGGAGCUUAAAGUUCUGUUCAAAUGUUUGUCACAUACUGCAACCUCUAAAAUAAAAACUCCAAAAAUGUCACA